GGCAGCAUCGUCUCCCGCUUGAUUAUUAGCGAGCGCAAAUCGGGGACGCGUUUCAGUCGGUCUUUCAAGCGCGCGCUGCUCAAACGCAACGACAACGAAUCCGUCUCCAAAAAUAUAUUUGAAUAUUUUUGUUUUGUUUUUUUUCUUUCUAUUAUUUGUGUACUUCUCGGUUGAUGUGUGAUUGCCGGAGUCGGAGACAAUGAGGAGGAAUCUUGGCUGCCUUCUGGGCUUGGUUCUCAUGGCAUUUUUGCAUUCGGGGCAUGCCAUAGUAGGUGUCGGGGCAGGACGGGACCUGGUGCUGACGCCCAAGCAGGGCUUGCAGCUGACGGGCAAGCGUCUAUUCUACGAGGAGAAGGAUGCGUGCGAGGAUUUGCGUCCCUGGGAGCGCACCCUGAAGCAUGUCACCUAUGUGACACUCUUCACGGACGCCGCCAUGGGUGCAGCAGCCGGAAAUCUUAGCCAGCUGCACGGGUACCAUGACUUCCUGCAGACGUCCUUUAUUCCCGCCGAUCCACUGGCACAGUCGUCAACGGGUGGUGCGGCGCCGGCUCCGUCCCGUUUUGGGGAUAUCAUCACCCUGGCCACGGGAUGGCUGGAGCAGCUGCCCAGCAACGGUAGCUAUCGCUUUGUCGAGGGCACAACCACCAGCGGUGCUGCUGCAGGCACUGGCCAGCGGCGUGCCCUGUGGCAGGUGCAGCGCAUCCGCCAUCGGGAUGGCGACAAGGGACGCCACUACCACUACGAGAUACGGUUCAGCGUUACGCCGCUGACGCCCCCUCGGACAGCAGCGCCAGCAUACCAGAUGAGCUACAUCCAGAAGGAGUCCGACUAUCCGGGGAGCUUUGCACGGCUCCCUCACGCUCAUGACGCUCUCGGCGGGGGAUUUGCUGCCCAGCGGAGACAGGAUCGCGAGCGGGAGAGAGAGCGUGAGCGAGAGCGGGAGCGGGAGCAGACGCAGUCGCAGGCCACCUUUAUCCAUGGUAUCUUCCAGCCAGCGCCACCGCCACUGCCGCCGAAGCUCAACAUUGGUGAGUAUCUCAAGGGAGUAGCAGCACAUCCUCCGCCUCCUCCUCCUCCUCCUCAUCCUCAUCCGAUGGCCCUCCCAGGGGGAGGACUCUACAAUCUGGGGCUGCGUUCGAAUUUCAUUGCUCCAACCACAUUCCGUCCGAAUUACCCGGUGGUGAGGCUGGGUCCGUCAGCGGACCACCUUGGACUGGACACCCCACCAGUGCGAUAUUCAGAGGUGCAACCAGAGAGGGGGGCACCACCAAGUGGUGCUCCUGCUACUGCUGUUACUACUGCAGCUGCUGUUGGUGGGGUCACACAUCAUUUCCAUCAUCAUUUCUAUGUGGCGUCGGGCGGAGGUUCAGGCGGAGGUUUAGGCGGUGAUCCAGAGAUAAACUAUCGCCCGCCUGCCGCCACACAGAGUCCGCCUCGAGCAGAGUCAGGAUUCUUUGCAUACCAGCGGCAGCAGCAGCAACAGCAGCAGCAGCGGCAGCGGCAGCCUGUGCUCUUUCCCAGCUCCAGUUCCGGCUCCCACGAGUCCUACGAAUCGAACGAGGAUCCCGAACAGGAGUUGCUCGUCCGAAGUCCUCAGAUCUUUGGCCAGGCCUCAAAAUACCAAACGGCAAAGGUGCCGCCGCUGAUCAUCUAUGCUGGCAUUUCGGAGGGCAAUGAAGACGAAGACAAGUCGUUUGUGCAAAGCGAACCGCUGGAGGAGACAGUGUAUCGCUACUCCGAGCCAGAUCCAUUGUAUGUCCAUCAGAAUCCCAUUGAUGUGCUGCAUCUGGACGAGCAACAUCUGGAAAUAGAGCGAGACAGGGACAGGGACAGGAGCAGGCACAAGGAGCCAGAGCAGGAGCAACAGGAGCAACAAGGGCAACAGGAGGAGAAACAAGGAGAGCAGGAGGAAGAGCAAAAUCGAGCCAGCAGCUUCGAACAGCCAGAAGUGGCCACUAGCUCCCCCACAACAGAAGAGCCCCCAGCUACGACGACGACGACAACUACGACCAGUAGUAGUCCUCCUCCUCCUCCACCAACAACAACAAUAACGACAACAGUAGCGACAUUCUCCACGCCCGCUCCCACUGUGAGCAGCUCCAGCAGCUUUGUCUCCACCUCCACACACUUUAGUCCUUUGAGGAAUUUAAGUCGCUAUCGGACAACGCCGCGCAUAACUGCUGGACGAUCUACGACAACUACAACCUCCACCACAGCAGAGCCAGCGUUGAGCAAGUGGGCCAGACGCCGCAAGGAGCAGCAGGAUAGCAAGGCCAAGAGCAGCUAUCGCCAUGAAGCCUAUGUCUCUACCAGCACGAGCACUAGUACCACUUCAACCACAACCACAACAGCGGCACCAGCAACAGCCUUAUCCUCAAAGACUGCUGAAGCUUUAGCUUUAGCUCUAGAUCCAGCUGCAAAUCCAGUGAAGACUACACCGUUACCGCCGCCGCCGCCGCCGCCGCUGCCACAACGCAGCGAUGUGAUUGAAGUUCUCACCCAGAAAUCAGUAAGCAGAUCGGUUAGCAUCAAGGUGGGGGAUAAUGGCGAGGAGAUACCCUUUAUCGUGGACGACGAUGAGAAUGAAGUGUCUUUUAGUUAAGUUUAUCCCAAAAUAAAGAUACAUUUGUACA